AUGGAUCAGUGUGAGGACAGAGAGGAGGGAGUCCCUCCCUCUAAAACCACUCUGUGUGGGGAACAUGAGAGCCAGACCAAAGCUCAGAGGAACCACCCUGAACCUGAACCUGAACCUGAACCUGAACCUGAACCUGAACCCAGCUGUGUGUCUUUAAGGAGCGACUGGUCUAAAUUGCGGCCCAUUGAUUUUAAAGGACAACAACCGUCUGCUGCAAAGAGAGUGGAUCAGGAGAGUUCAGAGGUUCCCAGUGGUCAGUCUGCCCAGCAGCAUCAAACACAGCUGGACUCCAUAUUGAUGCUGCUGGAGGAAAAUAUCAUCACUUUUGUGAAGAACGAGCUGAAGAAAAUCAAGAAGGUUUUGAAUCCAUGUUACCAAGAAUUCAUAGAUAGUCAGAAGGAGGAUGAGAAACUGUUGGAAGGUGAGGAUGAAGAGCAAAGAGAGAGAAGCAGAGAAGCAUUUGUGAAGAUCACACUGCACUUCCUGAGGAGAAUGAAGCAGGAGGAGCUGGCUGAGCGUCUGCAGAGCAAAUUGCCCAUCAUCUGCCAACAUGAACUUAAAUCUAAGCUGAAGGAGAAGUUCCAGUAUGUGUUUGAGGGGAUCGCUAAAGCAGGAAACCCAACCCUUCUGAAUCAGAUCUACACAGAGCUCUACAUCACAGAGGGAGGGGCUGCAGAGGUCAAUGAUGAACAUGAGGUCAGACAGAUUGAAACAGCAUCCAGGAAUCCAGACAGACCAGAAACAACAAUCAGACCAGAAGACAUCUUUAAAGGCUCACCUGGAAUAGAUGAACCAAUCAGAACAGUGCUGACAAAGGGAGUGGCUGGCAUUGGGAAAACAGUCUUAACACAGAAGUUCACUCUGGACUGGGCUGAAGACAAAGCCAACCAGGACAUCCAGUUCAUGUUUCCAUUCACUUUCAGAGUGCUGAAUGUGCUGAAAGAGAAAAAGUUCAGCUUGGUGGAACUUGUUCAUCACUUCUUUCCUGAAACCAAAGAAGCAGGAAUCUGCAGCUUUGAAGACUUCCAGGUUGUGUUCAUCUUUGAUGGUCUGGAUGAGUGUCGACUUCCUCUGGACUUCCACAACACUGAGAUCCUGGCUGAUGUUACAGAGUCCACCUCAGUGGAUGUGCUGCUGACAAACCUCAUCAGGGGGAACCUGCUUCCCUCUGCUCACCUCUGGAUAACCACACGACCUGCAGCAGCCAAUCAGAUCCCUGCUCAGUGUGUUGACAUGGUGACAGAGGUCAGAGGGUUCACUGACCCACAGAAGGAGGAGUACUUCAGGAAGAGAUUCAGAGAUGAGGAGCAGGCCAGCAGGAUCAUCUCCCACAUCAAGACAUCACGAAGCCUCCACAUCAUGUGCCACAUCCCAGUCUUCUGCUGGAUCACUGCUACAGUUCUGGAGGAUGUGCUGAAAACCAGCGAGGGAGGAGAGCUGCCCAAGACCCUGACUGAGAUGUACAUCCACUUCCUGGUGGUUCAGGCCAAAGUGAAGAAGGUCAAGUAUGAUGGAGGAGCUGAGACAGAUCCACACUGGAGUCCAGAGAGCAGGAAGAUGAUUGAGUCUCUGGGAAAACUGGCUUUGGAUCAGCUGCAGAAAGGAAACCUGAUCUUCUAUGAAUCAGACCUGACAGAGUGUGGCAUCGAUAUCAGAGCAGCCUCAGUGUACUCAGGAUUGUUCACACAGAUCUUUAAAGAGGAGAGAGGGCUGUACCAGGACAAGGUGUUCUGCUUCAUCCAUCUGAGUGUUCAGGAGUUUCUGGCUGCUCUUCAUGUCCAUCUGACCUUCAUCAACUCUGGAAUCAAUUUGCUGGAUAAAAAACAGAAACUGUCCCAGACAGAGCAACACUUCUUCAAGAGUGCUGUGAACAAGGCCUUACAGAGUCCAAAUGGACACCUGAACUUGUUCCUCCGCUUCCUCCUGGGUCUUUCACUGCAGACCAAUCAGAGUCUCCUACGAGGUCUUCUGAGAGGAAGUAGCUCACCGACCAAUCAGAAAACAGUCCAGUACAUCAAGAAGAAGCUCAGUGAGAAUCUGUCUGCAGAGAAAAGCAUCAACCUGUUCCACUGUCUGAAUGAACUGAAUGAUCGUUCUCUAGUGGAGGAGAUCCAACAGUCCCUGAGUUCAGGAAGUCUCUCCACAGAUAAACUGUCUCCUGCUCAGUGGUCAGCUCUGGUCUUCAUCUUACUGUCAUCAGAAGAAGAUCUGGAUGUGUUUGACCUGAAGAAAUACUCUGCUUCAGAGGAGGCUCUGCUGAGGCUGCUGCCAGUGGUCAAAGCCUCCAACAACGCUCUACUGAGUCUCUGUAACCUCUCAGAGGGAAGUUGUGAAGCUCUGUCCUCAGUUCUCUGCUCCCAGUCCUCUACUCUGAGAGAGCUGGACCUGAGUAACAAUCACCUGAAGGACUCAGGAGUGAAAGCUUUAUCUUCUGGACUGAAGAAUCCACAUUGUAAACUGGAAACACUCAGACUGUGUGACUGUAACCUCUCAGAGAGAAGCUGUGAAGCUCUGUCCUCAGUUCUCAGCUCUCAGUCCUCUAAUCUCAGAGAGCUGGACCUGAGUAACAACAACCUUCAGGAUUCAGGAGUGAAGCUGCUGGUUUCCGGACUGAAAGUUAAACACAGUAAACUUGAAAUUCUCAGGCUUUCAGGUUGUCUGAUCACAGAAGAAGGUUGUAGUUCUCUGGCUUCAGCUCUAAGCUCCAACCCGUUCCACCUGAGAGAGUUGGAUUUGAGCUACAAUCAUCCAGGAGACUCAGCAGUGAAGCUUUUAUCUUCUGGAGUGGCGAAUCCACACUGGAGUCUCAAAACUCUCAGGGUGGAGCCUGCUGGAGUCCGAUGGCUGAUCCCAGGUCUGAGGAAGUAUUCCUGUCAACUCACAAUUGACACAAACACAAUAAGCAGAGAACUCAAACUGUCUGACAACAACAGGAAGGUGACACGUGGACGACCAUUUCAGUCAUAUCCUGAUAAUCGACACAGAUUUGAACGGCCUCAGGUUCUGUGCAGAGAUCCUCUGACUGGUCGCUGCUACUGGGAGGUCGAGUGGAGAGGAUGGUCUGAUCUUUCAGUUAGUUACAGCAAAAUAAAAAGGAAAGGAAGAAGUAAUGCUGGUGCAUUUGGAUGGAAUGAUCAUUCCUGGAGUUUGUGGUUCUCUAAAACUGAUCCUUACUGUGUGUCUUACAAUAACAAGAAAACACCCAUCUCCUCCUCGUCCUCCUCCUCCUCCUCUGUCUCUCACAGAGUAGCAGUGUAUGUGGACUGUCCUGCUGGCACUCUGUCCUUCUACAGAGUCUCCUCUGACACUCUGAUCCACCUCCACACCUUCAACACCACAUUCACUGAACCUCUUUAUCCUGGGUUUGGAAUCUGGGAUAGAGCCUCAGUGAGUCUGUGCUGAGUUGAGUGUAAAGAGUGUCCUCCUGUCAGAGAAACUCUGACUGUUGAACAGAUAGUUCAGUCUGUACAUGUCUGUCUCUUUCACUCACAAACACAUUUUCAGAUUCAUGGAUUCAAUCAGUUGAUGUUUGAAACUG